AAUAGGGUUACACGCGAGUGCUUUCUCAUUUGGCAACUUUCUCUGAUUUUUCUCUACGCGAGCGGCGAUUGCGACUAUCAUUUCCUUGUGAAUUCUCGUCUGUCUCCGGGAUAAGUGAUUGCAGAUGGCUGAGCGAUUAUUACAAUCUAUGUCAAGGGUGGCUGGCCGAUGUCAUCCAGAUUGCGUAAAAGCAAGUGAUGAGCAAGAAGAUUACCAUGCAUCUCAAAAUGCAGCUUUGGUAGCUGUGAAUCUGAUUAGCUCUGCAAGGUUAAUACUGAAACUCGACGCUGAGUUUACUGAGUACUCAGCUCAGUUUUUGAUGGACAAUGCUGGAAAGGAAGACGACCCGGGAGAAGUGGAUCAACAACGCAAUCAGGUCACGACCGAAAACUGCCUUCGCUACUUGGCCGAAAACGUUUGGACCAAGAAGGAAAAUGGGCAGGGAGGAAUGGAUCAACAACGCCCUGUGCUCACUGUCAAAGACUGCUUGGAACUUGCUUUUAAAAAAGGGCUGCCGAGAAGAGAACACUGGGCACAUUUGGGAUGUACCUUCAAGGCUCCCCCAUUUGCUUGUCAGAUACCUCGCGUUCCUGUGAAAGGAGAAGUGGUUGAGGUUAAGACUUUUGAUGAAGCAUUCAAGCUGUUGGUGCAUCAACCCAUUGGAGCAAAACUGCAUUUGUUCAGUCCGCAGAUUGAUAAUGUUGGAGAGGGAGUUUACAAAGGCCUCACGACAGGUAAUGAAACACACUAUGUUGGACUUAGAGAUGUGCUAAUAGCUUCAGUGGAGGAGUUCGAGGGAGAUUCUGUUGCUAUUGUGAAGAUCUGCUACAAGAAGAAGCUUUCAUUUAUCAAAGUGUCUUUGAGCGUUAGGUUUCUCUCAGUAGCACAUGAUGGUGAUAAGUCUAAGUUCAUAGCGCCAACAGGUCUGCUUGUUGACUUCUGUGUCCCGCGCUUAUCUAUCAACUAAACCAAAAGCUGAGAUCUUGGUAAGUAUCUGGACUAUAUGCUAGAUGUGGAACUUGUUUGUGGUGCUACAAUAAGAGUUGUUUUAUGAGACUAUUUUCUUUAAGUUAAGAAGUCAAGUAUCUUGAAAACCAUAUCCUAUUUGUGGAACUUGUUUGUUGUCCGACAUUAUGAUUGUCUUAGGAUGAACUUUUAUCUAUAAGUUGA